ACUUAUUCGACGAGAGAUCCUGCAGGUUCAUGGUUGGACUGACGUAGACAAACUAUUCACGACAAUGCCCAAGUUGCCAGAAUUGGGUUACCAAGCUGCAUUCCCUCAAUCAGAUAAAUAAAUUAUACGAUCUGAUGAUGCCCAUUCGUGAACGAGGCGACGACGAACUCCCCGCGCGUCUCUGGGCGGAUACUGAUAAGGUUUCGCAACCACCGGGUUCUCCUCAGAACGCUACGCUCUGUUUGGCCAGCGCGUCAACGAAGUGAGAGUGUGGGGUAAGAUGCGACCCCAAUCCAUCCAGAGCGCACCUUCAUCUCAGUGUGUAACAUAGUCGUUGAUACUAUAGCCCGCAUUGCAUAUCCAGGCCUCUUGGGAAGACUGCAGAAACCGUCGGUUGUUGCUGACUCGAGAAACUCACCAAGAACUGGAACAAUAUAGUUUCCACCGGAAUCGUACCAUGGUGCAGAUCAAGCCGUUCAAGGUCGAACAAUGGAUGGACCGGUUCGAGACGACUCCGGGCGUUCUGAACAUUGCUGAGACGUGCGCUGCAUCGGUUUCCAUCGACGACCUGGUCCGCAUGUGCAAUGACCCCGCAGCUCCAGGUCCUCUUGACACCAGCAUCAAACUCACAUAUGGCCCAAUUCUGGGAUCGCAAGCUUUGCGGGGGCGGGUCGCCGCUCACUGCAGUCUAGAUGGGGAGCAGCUCUCUGCCGACAACGUGAUCAUCACUCAGGGAGCUAUUGGAGCAAACUUCCUGGCUCUCUACACUCUACUGGGGCCCGGCGACCAUGUGGUUUGCGUGUAUCCGAUUUACCAGCAGCUCUAUGAGGUGCCCAGAAGCCUGGGAGCUGAAGUCUCGUUGUGGAAGCUGCAAGCGGAGGACGGCUUUGUGCCUAACGUGGACGUUUUGAAGAGCCUGAUCAAGGAGAACACAAAGAUGAUCAUUAUCAACAACCCCAACAACCCCACAGGAGUCCCCAUCCCGACCAGCAUCCUGCAGCGCAUUGCGCAGGUGGCUGAGGCUAACGGCAUCAUCCUCUUCUCAGAUGAGGUCUACCGUCCGCUGUUCCACGGCGGAGCUGCGGGGCAAUGUGAAGUGCCGGCACCAGCAACAACCCUCGGGUAUGAGAGGACGGUUGUCACUGGGUCGAUGUCGAAAGGAUUUGCUCUAGCUGGCAUACGCGUCGGCUGGGUGGCAACCAAAGAUGAGGCCAUCUUAUCGGCCAUGGCUUCGGCCCGUGACUACAACACUAUCAGUGUGUCCCAGAUGGAUGACCAGAUAGCGAGCUAUGCCCUGUCUCCGGCGGUGCGAGAGCCCCUGGUUACGCGGAAUAUGACGCUGGCUAGGACCAAUGCGAAGUUGCUCAAGCGGUUCGUGGACGACCACGGCUCGGUCUGUUCGUGGGUGGAGCCCAGAGCCGGGACAACGGCAUUCAUCCGAUUCAAGAGCCACGGAGAGCCCGUCGACGACGUUGGCUUUUGCAUGGAUCUGCUCGAGAAGACCAACGUUUUUUUCUGCCCAGGGUCGCACUGUUUUGGCGACGACAAGGACUUUGCAGGCUACGUGCGGAUGGGAUAUGUGUGCGAGACGGAGGUGUUGGAGGCAGGGCUGAAGAAGCUCGAGGGAUACGUCCAGAGAUAUCUAUCGUGAAUAGAAACCGCAACCGCGCAGCAUACGGUGACAUGCCCUGAACUGCACCCUGGACUGUGCCCGCGCCGAGAGCGCAUUGUCGCACAUGAAACAUUGGCAGCGCGUCAGAGAAAAUUGGAUGGAUGCGGAGCGUCGUGAAAGGCGCGGAUCGACGGCACAGACGUAGAGCUCUCGGCCGAGGCGUC